AAGUGCGACGUGUCUCCCCAGCCUUUUUAAAGCUCCUUCCCCGCCGCCUGCCCGGCUUCCUUCCGUCGGUCCUCCAAUCCUUCCCUCCUCGGGGACCGAGCGAGCCCCGCCGCCAGUCCUGCCACCCCGCUCCAGACCCGCGCCGCCGCCUCCCUUGGCCACUCGCAGCAUGUCCGGGAUCAAGAAGCAAAAGACGGAUGUCCAACAAAAAUCCACCAAUGUGGUCUACCAGGCUCACCAUGUGAGUAGGAAUAAAAGAGGACAGGUCGUUGGGACGAGGGGAGGGUUUCGAGGCUGCACAGUGUGGCUAACAGGUCUCUCUGGUGCUGGAAAAACAACCAUCAGCUUUGCCCUGGAAGAAUAUCUGGUGUCCAAUGCCAUCCCUUGCUACUCCCUGGAUGGGGACAACGUGCGCCACGGCCUCAACAAAAACCUAGGCUUCUCCACGGGGGACCGAGAAGAAAACAUCCGCCGGAUCGCUGAGGUGGCCAAGCUAUUUGCUGAUGCCGGGCUGGUCUGCAUCACCAGCUUCAUCUCUCCCUUUGCAAAGGACCGGGAGAAUGCCCGUAAAAUCCACGAGUCAGCAGGACUGCCCUUCUUUGAAGUCUUUGUCGAUGCCCCUCUGAACAUCUGUGAAAGCAGAGACGUGAAAGGCCUCUACAAGAAAGCCAGGGCUGGGGAAAUCAAAGGGUUUACUGGAAUCGACUCUGAAUAUGAAAAGCCAGAAACCCCUGAACUGGUGGUGAAAACCAACCUGUCGUCAGUGAGCGACUGUGUGCAGCAGGUGGUGGACUUGCUUCAGGAGCAGACGAUCGUGCCCCACUCGGUCACAAAAGGCAUCCAUGAGCUUUUCGUGCCUGAAAACAAACUGGACGCGGUUCGGGCGGAAGCCGAGAAGUUGCCUUCCUUACCAAUCACCAAGCUGGAUAUGCAGUGGGUUCAAGUGCUGAGCGAAGGUUGGGCCACACCCCUCAAGGGCUUCAUGCGGGAGAAGGAGUUUCUGCAAGUGAUACACUUUGACACGUUGCUGGAUGGCAUGAUCCUUCCUGACGGCAUCAUCAACCUGAGCGUUCCCAUUGUCCUCCCCGUCUCCGAGGAUGACCGGAAGUGCCUUCAGGGAUGCAGCGAGUUUACCCUGGAAUAUGAAGGACGGAAAGUGGCCAUCCUGAGGGACCCAGAAUUCUAUCCGCACCUGAAGGAGGAGCGCUGUGCCCGUGUCUGGGGGACUACCUGUGCCCAGCACCCCCAUAUCAAGAUGGUGAUGGAAAGCGGGGACUGGCUGGUCGGGGGAGACCUCCAGGUCUUGGAGAGGGUCAGGUGGAAUGAUGGCCUGGACCAGUACCGCCUCACACCCCUGGAGCUCAAGCAGCGAUUUAAGGAGAUGAAUGCAGAUGCGGUGUUUGCGUUCCAGCUUCGCAAUCCUGUCCACAACGGCCAUGCACUACUCAUGCAGGACACACGGCGCCGCCUGCUUGAGAGAGGCUACAAGCAUCCUGUCCUGUUGCUGCAUCCCCUGGGGGGCUGGACCAAGGACGACGACGUUCCCUUGCAGUGGCGCAUGAAGCAACACGCCGCCGUGCUCGAGGAGGGGGUGCUGGACCCCAAGUCAACCAUUGUGGCCAUCUUCCCUUCACCAAUGCUCUAUGCUGGCCCCACAGAGGUCCAGUGGCACUGCAGGUCUCGAAUGAUUGCUGGGGCCAACUUCUACAUCGUCGGCCGGGACCCCGCGGGAAUGCCCCACCCUGAGACCAAGAAAGACCUGUAUGAGCCCACGCACGGGGGGAAGGUCCUGAGCAUGGCUCCCGGCCUCACAUCUGUGGAGAUCAUCCCCUUCCGUGUGGCUGCCUAUAACAAGGCCCAGAAAUCCAUGGCCUUCUAUGACCCGGCAAGACACAACGAGUUUGACUUCAUCUCGGGAACACGGAUGAGGAAGCUCGCCAGGGAAGGAGAGAAUCCCCCUGACGGCUUCAUGGCCCCCAAAGCCUGGAACGUGCUCGUGGACUAUUACAGGUCCCUGGAAAAGAAUAACUAGAGCUGGGGACAGGGGCUCCCUCUUCUCUGUGCCCAAGGGCUCUUCUCUUCAUCUUUCUGCUUUUGUGAUUAGAGGCUUAGAAAUCGUGUCACUUUCUGAUUUUAAAGGAAUACUUGCUAACCCGGUCCGAGGGGGCCCAAAUGCAGAAUCAACUCGGAAACCUGGAAGAAUGGUGCCUGGCAGGGCAGCCCAGCGGCCGGGAAGGCUUCGGCAGGUCCAGUCCAGAUGACUGUUGUCUGUAUCUCUCCUCUUUUGUUGCACUGAGGACCAGAGCCAGAGAAUGCUGAGCCCCCCCCCACCUCCCCUAAAAGCCCAGACACUCCCCUGGGAGCAGAUUAGGGUCCAAGACCAGGAACCGGCCUAGGCAAGCAACCUGCCUCGGAGCACCCUAAGCACAGACCGGGAUAACAGCGUUAGCCCAACUGUCAUCAAGACCAAGGGGCAGUGUGUGUGUAUGAGUGUGAGUGUGAGUGUGUAUAUGUACAUAUGUGAGUGAGUGUGACUGAGUAUAUGUAUGUGUGUAUAUAUGUGCGUGUGUAUGUACAUAUG